UGCGUCAUUCCGCGACGAAACUCCGCGCGCGACGAUCGUGUCGCGUCGCUGUAGAUCCGCGCUUCGAUCGAUCUUCACCUCGUAUUCUGUGCUUUACGUAUAACUUGGAUUUGUGUGCGAUGUGCUAUGGAAUUUAUUUUCAGUGACCGCCCCCUAAAAAGGGCUUAAAUUGUGCUUGUUUUAUUGUAAUUGAAGUGUAGCAAAAGGUAGUGAUGCUGAAGCACGUAGCGGUGUCUCCUCACCGCGCCCGCGCUGACUCCGUCAGUCUGGCCUCCACCGCCUCCUGCUGCAGCCUUGGCAGCCUGGAGCAGCGUCACGACUCCGUUGGCGACCUCACACAUCGCACGACGACGAUAAAGGUGUACGCUCGCUGUCUGCGGCCGGACAUCGAGUACAAGACUCUGUCGGUGACAUGGGGCACACGAGCGCGUGAGGUGGUAGGUGCAUUGCUGGGCAAGUUCCGCAUGCGCCACAGGGACCCGCGCCUCUUCUAUCUCAGCAUGGAGGUGCGGGUGCGAGCCGCCGGCCUGCGCACCGCGCUCGCCCUUGAUGACGACGCGCGCCCCGCUGCGUUACAAGCCUGUCAUCCCAAGGGAUACUCCAAGUUCUCUCUGCAGAUGCGUCCUGGCGGUCUGGUGAAGAUCUACGACUCGGCGUUGAUGUCGUCCUCGCAGUAUAAAUGCCUGCUUACUAGCGAGCGCACCACAGCUGACGAGUUGCUGGCCAUACUGCUGCACUGCUACGACUCCACGGAGGGCGUCGAGAGGUUCUCACUCUACGAGGUAUGCCCGUCUCAAGAGUAUGAGAGGAAACUGCAUCCGGACGAUCUACCGUUGCUAGUGCAGCGUGCAUGGCCCACGGACAGCGAUUGUCACUUCCGGGUGCGACGGAACCCACGAGCUCCUCCCCUACCUCCGCGGACUAUCCCUCCUCCGGUAGAAUCGCCUCAAGAAGAAGAGGAACCCUCCAGAGCACUAUCAGCACUAUCUCUCGAAUCUGACGAUGACAACAAGAGAUACAGCCCAGUAUACAAGUUCCCCAGCAUUAGUUACUGUAGAGAAACGAAAAACGAUUACUUGUACAUAUGACUAGCGAUGCGCCUGGUGAGGAUCAAGUCUGCGAUGGAAGGACGUAAGUCGCGAGCACGGUUUCGGAAGAAAAGACUCAUGUGAAGUGUAAAUAAGGUUCGUUUUUGUAAAAAGUGUACAUAGUGGUACUCGUUGGUACCUCGCAGGAUUGUUCACAGAGAUGCGAAACCAAAGAGAUAUUGUAGACGGCCUAAUCUGAAUGUAAGAUGGAUAAUGUAAAGUCAAGAACGUAGAAAACAUCAGACAAGACCGUACCGGGUGAUAAAAGAAUGUUAAUAUAUUUAGAGCUUAUAAUAUCAUAUAAUAAUUUGCAUCAAACACAAGAUGACAGUAAUUUUCCCAUCCAGAAUCGAAUAAAUACAGGAAUUUUAUAUUAUUCAAUUUGUUUUACAGAUUGUAAAUAAUAUAAAUCUAAGAUCUAACCAGAAACAAAAAUCUAAUAGAAUAUAAAAUAAUGAUCUGAAAAUAACAGUGUCUAGACCUUUUUAUAUUGAGACUUUAACUGAUUUCUUUUUUCAAACUUACGACUUCUGUUAAUUGUAAGUUAGUAAUCCGCUGAAAUGAGCGUUAAUUUAGAUGAAUUUCUAAUGUAACUAGAUCAUGUUGUAUGCAGUAUUGCUUUAGCAUAAAUAUGACAUAGUUCAUUCUUAGAUAAAUUAUCGUAUGACGAAAAUAUGUAAAUAUUAGUACAUAAGUACAUAUUGUUAGCUAGUAGACACCAAAGAGGCAAGCGAACGUUUAAAAUUGAAUUUAUUUAUCUGUUAUGUAUUUGUGAUGUUUAAUUUAUUUAAAAAUGGCAGCAGACAAUGUCCACUUGGUUUGUGUUGACGAUGUACUGCAAACCAUUGGAUUGUUCUUCGCUAAAUGCACACCUGGGAUUUGCAUUGCAUCGUUUACGAAACUUUAUUCGCUUGAUAUGUUAAAGAUCAUCGAAUUUACUUUUAAUGAAAACUAAUAAACGGGAUAUCUUCUCUUGUAUCAAA